UUACUUUCUAACAUAGCUAGCUGUCUAGACCCACCUAUGAACUUGUGGCCUGUGCCUAGGGCUGAUAAUAUCACAGGGAUGAAGCCUGAGCAUUCUGUUUCCCAGAACCCCCUUUCCACAGUCAUGACCUUCCGGCCAACCACAGAGGAGUUUGCAGAUUUCAGCAAAUACGUUACUUACAUGGAAUCCCAGGGUGCACACAGAGCUGGCCUAGCCAAGGUCAUUCCUCCCAAGGGGUGGAGAGCCAGAGAGUCCUAUGACAGCAUCAGUGACCUGGUCAUAGCCACUCCUCUGCAGCAGGUGGUCUCUGGGAAGGCAGGUGUGUUUAUGCAACACCAUAAAAGGAAGAAAGCCAUGACAGUGGGCGAGUACCACCACCUGGCCGACAGUGAAAAGCACCAGACUCCUCUACACGAGAGUUUUAAAGAUUUGGAGAGAAAAUAUUGGAAGAAUCGCCUCUAUGGUUCACCCAUUUACGGUGCUGACGUCAGUGGCUCCUUGUUUGAUGAAAACACAAAGCAGUGGAACCUCAGGCGCCUGGGAACCAUUCUGGAUCUGUUGGAGCAGGAAUGUGGAGUUGUCAUCGAGGGAGUCAACACACCCUACCUGUACUUUGGUAUGUGGAAGACCACGUUUGCGUGGCACACGGAGGACAUGGACCUCUACAGCAUCAAUUACCUGCACUUUGGGGAGCCCAAAACUUGGUAUGCGGUGCCCCCAGAGCAUAGCCAGCGCCUGGAACUCCUGGCCAGGGAGCUUUUCCCAGGCAGCUCCCGGAGCUGUGGGGCUUUCCUGAGGCACAAGGUGGCUCUCAUCUCACCCACAGUGCUCAAGGACAAUGGGAUCCCCUUCAGCUGUGUGACUCAGGAGGCUGGGGAGUUCAUGGUGACGUUUCCCUAUGGCUACCACGCUGGCUUCAACCAUGGCUUCAACUGUGCAGAGGCCAUCAAUUUUGCCACCCCGAGGUGGAUCAAUUAUGGAAAAGUGGCAUCUCAGUGCAGCUGUGGGGAGGCGAGGGUCAGCUUUUCCAUGGAUGCUUUUGUGCGCAUUCUGCAACCUGAAGGAUUUGAGCUGUGGAAACGGGGUCAAGACCAGCUGGUAGUGGAACACCGAGAACCCCUGGUGGAUGCUAGACACCAGGUGAACACCAAGAUCAAAGUUCGCUUUCAGUGCAAAUCUUCCCCUGGCACGAGGCGCCUCCGUGGUAAGGGAUCCAGGCGUCUCAGUGAAUCUCUGGACACAGUCAGUGGGUUCAGGCGCUGUACUCCCAUGCCUACUGUGCACAGGCUCCUCUCCUCCUCCCAAAGGGCUUCUGUCCAGCACCAGGAUGCAGUCAUCCGUAGCUACCAAAGGCAGACCCAGAUCCAGUCCUCUACUCCAAGUCUGGUCAACCCGGAUUUCCAAUUCUCAGCAGGCAGACCAAGUAGAGGUCCUCCUAGGGUAUCAAAGGCUCAGGGUUCAACACGGCUGGCUCAGACCCAGAAGCUCCCUGUGAUGGGCACAGGACAUCCAGCUCUGGGUUCAGUGAAUCAGCCCUUGCCUGAGUGUGGAGCUUUGAUGGAGGAGCCUGGGCCUGUGAGCCCUGGGCCUCAGUUUUCUGGGAGGACUUCUGGCUGUUGUUGUGCCCCUGAUCUGCAAUUCUUGGGACCCCCACUAGAUCCCCACAAUCCUAUGCACCCUGGUUCGUGCUUGCUGUCCCUGGAUGACGUUACAACCAAUCUUCCUUUAGUCUUCCCAGUUACUGCUCCUAAAGUUGAUAUGCCUUUGGGAAGGUCCUCAGGGCGCAUUGCUGGCAACAGCAUUUCCCCUGUGAACCUGGCUGACGUUGUAAGGAUGGACCAUUCUUAUUCCUCUAAGAUCCUGGAUUGA